GAUCAUCCCGCAAAAAUGUCGACGAGAAAGCUCAACAAAGUGAUGGUUCAGCCUGUGAACCUCAUCUUCAGAUAUCUCCAAAACCGCACUCGGGUCCAAAUCUGGUUGUACGAGGAUGUCACCCACCGUCUCGAGGGCUACAUCAUCGGAUUCGACGAGUUCAUGAAUGUCGUGUUCGACGAAGCCGAGGAGGUGAACAUGAAGACGAAGGGACGCAACAAGAUCGGCAGAAUUCUUCUCAAAGGAGACAACAUCACUCUCAUCCACGCCGCCCAACAAGAAGCCUAAAUCAUCGUUCACUUUUCACGGAUCUCUUUGUUCAUUUUUCUGUCUCUGUUUCGCUUUCGCACCGUAUUGUUCCAAGUUUUCAAGUUUUAAUAUGUCUUUAAAAAAAGUAAAUUAUUUUUGGCU